AUGAAUGCAAGUGCCUCUCUGACAAGUCAAGCUACUACCACUGCUGCAGCUGCUGCCGCUGUUGCUGCUGUUGCUGCUAUUGCUGAUGUUGCUGAUGUUGCUGAUGCUGCUGAUGUUGCUGAUGCUGCUGAUGCUGCUGAUGCUGCUGAUGCUGCUGAUGUUGCUUCUACUCCAUCCUCUACUCCAUCAUCAUCUAAAACACAAAGCCAGGCCCAAUCGGUCCCUGUAGGCUCCGAAACCGCACCUUCUGUUACGUCCUCUACUAGCACUUCCACAACCACUCCUGGUGCCACUGGUCCUGCAAAUGGUACUAGCCCAAAUUCAAAUUCAAAUUCAAAUUCAAACCCAAAUCCAGAUCCAGACCCAAAUUCGAAUUCAAAAUCAAAAUCAAAUUCGAAUUCAAAAUCAAAUUCAAAUUCAAAAUCAAAAUCAAAAUCAAAAUCAAAAUCAAAAUCAAAAUCAAAUUCAAAACCAGGUCCUGACCCAUCCGGGCCUACCACUGGCUCCACUACCGAUUCUGGAACCACGGCUGCUCCAGCUUCUUCCAUUAGCACACCUGCAACUACACAACAGUCACAAUCACAAGCAAAACCGCAAUCACCACCGCAACCGCAACCGCAAGCACAAGCACAGUCACAGUCACGGUCACGGUCACGGUCACGGUCACGGUCACGGUCACGGUCACGGUCACAGUCACAAUCACCAUCACCAUCACAAUCGCAGUCACUAGCACUAGAACAAGCACAACCGCAACCGCAACCGCAAGAACAAGCACAAGCACAAGCACAACCGCAACCGCAAGAACAAGAACAAGAACAAGCACAACCGCAAGCACAACCGCAAUCGCAACCGCAAGCACAAGCACAAGCACAAGCACAGGCACAAGCACAAGCACAAGCACAACUGCAACCGCAACCGGAAGAACAAGCACAAGCACAAGCACAACCGCAACCGCAACCGGAAGAACAAGCACAAGCACAAGCACAACCGCAACCGCAACCGCAACCGCAACUGCAACCGCAACCGCAACCGCAACCGCAACCGCAACCGCAACCGCAACCGCAAUCUCAGCUGCAACCGCAACCGCAAUCGCAACCUCAACUGCAACCGCAACAGCAACAGCAACUGCAACCGCAACCGCAACCGCAACUGCAACUGCAACCGCAACCGCAACCGCAACUGCAACCGCAACCGCAACCGCAACCGCAACUGCAACCGCAAGCACCAGCACCAGCACUGCCACUACCACUACCACUGCCACUACCACUACCACUGCCACUGUCACUGCCACUGCCGCCGCAGCAGCAGCAGCAGCCUUUUUCUACUACGGCAGCUUCUUCGGUACCUGCUCCGAAUCCUACAUCUUCCAUAAGCCCUACUUCUGGAAACCCGGUCACAACUGUUCCUUCUUCUACAAAUACACUUGUUGUGGCUUCAGGUCUUACUAAUGGUUUAGGUAGUAUCCCAACAGGGCCUGCACAGGCUGCUGCUUCCUCGCCAUCAAGGUCUGAUAGAGAUAUGCUUAACAAUUACAUUUAUGACUACCUAAUUAAACAAAAUCUUACAGAGUCGGCCAAAGCCUUUCUCAAAGAAGCAGAAGUUGCUACAAUCGCCUCUACAGGUGCAACAGAGGCAGCAACAAAUUCAUCGAUUACAUCUUCAUCAUCUUCUGCUUCAGAUAAACCACAACCUCCUCAACUCCCACCGUCAUCACAACAACAACAAGGUUCAUCAUCCACUCACACUUCUCGCCCAAAUAGUGGUAGCAAUAGUCCAGCAAACGGAUCACACAUGCCCAACGGCCAUUUAAAAUCAAAGACUCCAAUUAAAAAGGAAGAAAAAAAUGACACAGACACAGACACAGGCCCGUCCGAGUGCCCGCGCCCCGCCGGUAUUAUUGAUACGACCCACGGAUUCUUAUUUGAAUGGUGGGGUAUUUUUUGUGAUCUUUAUAGUGCUAGAGGUCUAAAAGGUGGUUCUCCACUCGCCCAACAGUAUCUUCAAGCUGUAUGGACUCGUAAUUCAAUGAUUCAUCAGGCCCAACAACAACAAGUCCAACAGUUGCAACUUCAACAGGCUCAGCAACAAGGCCAACAGCAACAGCUUUAUAACCAGCUACAGCAGCUACACCCAGGCCAACAUGGCCAACCAGGCCAACAACAUCAACUGCCUCAACAAAUGCAACAGCUGCAACAGCUUCAACAAAUGCAACAUCUGCAACAACCUCUACAACCUCUACAACCUCUACAACCUCUACAACCUUUACAACCUCUACAACCUCUACAACCUCUACAACCUUUACAACCUUUACAACCUCUACAACCUCUACAACAAAUGCAACAGCCCCAACAGCCCCAACAGCAAAUGCAACAGCCUCAACAGCAAAUGCUACAUCCUCAUCCCCAUCUUCAACAACUACAUCCUCAACAGCAGCCACAACAUCAACACCAACAACAGCAGCCACAACAUCAACACCAACAACACCAACAACAGUUGCAACAUUUUCAGUUUCAGCAGCAGCAGCAGCAGCAGCAGCAGCAGCAGCAGCAGCAGCAGCAGCAGCAGCAGCAACAACAACAACAACCUCACCUUCAACAAUUUAUUCAUUCUAUUGCCAUUCCUCAGCAAGGGCAAAUGCAACCUGGUCAGCCAGGCCAACCCGGCUUACCUAGACAAAUUCUUGCGACUACAGCUCAGCAACAGCAAAUUGGUGCAGUAGCUGGUUCGCAGCCACAACAACAGCCACAACAUCUUCAGGGCCAGCCACAGCCCAUCGCCAUGCAUAUUCCCGGCCAGACCAACCCAGCUUUCCCCAUGAUGAAUUCUGCAGGUCAAAUCAUCUACAAUGGUAGUGUUCUAGGCUACAACACUCCACAACCUGUUUUUGUCAAUGCUCGGCCUAUCCAAGGCCCUUCUCCAGAACAAAUUUCCGAAGCUGAAAAACGCAACAAUAUUCAGCGACAGUCUGCUUCUCGCAGAAGUUUUAGCCAGGUAGGCCAACGACCACACUCAAAUGCUUCAGCCAUAGCUGCUGUCGCCGCCGCUGCUGCCGCUGCUGUUGCUGCUGCAGGGACAGGACAACCUCAGCGCCAACCGACUCCAGGCCAGCAACAACAAAGUCCCCUUGUCCUUAAUCAAACAGGCUCUCAGCAGUCUCCUAUUGGUGACUUUAACAUGGACCCGUCAAAUCCUUCUCACGUCUCCACUCCUCAAACAUCAUCUCCUUCAAAGCGCUUGCGUAUUUCUCCUGAUGGAUCAUACACGGUUCCUCCUCAUGUCGGUGUUCCACAAACCCAACAAGCAAUAAUGGCUGCGGCUCUACAACAACCUCAGCAGCAGCAACAACAACAACAACCUGGUCACCCUGUUAUGGUUUCACAACCUAUAAAUGGUCCAUUUAACCAAUUCGGCCAGUUUGUCCCUCAAGUCUUCCCCAUAAAAACAGUUAAUGAUCAGCAGUUCCCCACAGGAAUGCUUAUUAACCCCAGACCAGGCACUACCAUGGCUCAAAUGAUUCCUCCAGGUAAAUUCCCAGCCCAACCUGGCCAGCCUGGCCAACCAGGCCAGAUUCCUCAACUACAGCAACAACAACAUAUGGGUAUGGCUCCUAGCCCAUCGCCCCUUUUAUCCACAGAGUCCCUCCCAGGUCAGCCCAUUUACGCGUUUGAAGCGCGUCCACAACAACAACAGCAACAACACAGUGGUACUCCAGGGUCCCACUCUACUGAAGCUCUCCAGCACUAUCAAAAUCAGCUCAUGCAUAUCGAGCAGCAAAGCAAACUCAAACUUAAACAAAACCGUGACGAUGGUAUAGAUUCCAAUAACCCCCAACAACAGCUUUUGCAACAACAACGCUCCAAGUCUAUUAGCGGACCUGGCCAGUUUAAACACGUCCAUGGAUCGCGGACGUCUAGUAUUGCUUCACCGGCUGGUGGAAACACUAAAAGCGGAGAUAUCUCGCGUCGCGGUACACCACAACUGUCCAACCAGAUUCCUGCAUCGCCUCUUGACCACGCAUCAUCACCUGGCAGCGUUCUUGCUGCGGGCAGCACUACCAACAAUCACGGGUCGCCGGCCGCCCCUCAUACGUGGCAAUCGGGCCAGCAGAGCCAGACUCACAGCCCGAACCUGGCGGCUCGGCAAGGUACAACACCUGGAGCAUCUGGGGUGGUGCAACUGGGUGCGCCGCAAGCCAGCUCUUCCCCGGCAACGUCUGCAAAGCAGCUGCGGAGCCCUGGCCAGCAAAUGCCCCCACCCAGCGGACCCAUUUCCACAGGUACUCCUGCGUCUAGCACUGGAGCUGGUUCUUCAAAAACACAGCCGCCAUCACCUAAUGUAAACCCGCCCACACCUACUACUACUCAAAAACCUACAAAGAAAAAGGAAGGUCAGGGUAAGAAGCGGGGGAAGAAGAAUGCAGCAGCAGCAGCUGCUGCUAGUGCAAACAACCCAACAACGCCUGCAGGCAUGUCUGAGCCGCCGACACCUACAACCCCAGCGACACCGGCUGCUGCCGCCGCCGCCGCUGCUGCCGUCGCUGCUGCCGUCGCUGCUGCCUCGGUAACGUUGAAUGGCAGCGCUACUGCUGGCAGUGGCAACAAGGGCAAGGACAAGAAUGAUAAAGGUAGUACCGAUAAGGCUAGCAAAGCUAACGGAAAUGCAGCCAAUGCUCCUACUCCAGUGUCUACGGGAUCAUCCAACGGGUUCAGCUCGGGCGUAAUUGCUGCCAGUACCCCCAUUGCACUUGCAGGCGACGUUUUUUCGGCGCCGCAGAUUGGAAUUUCUGCAGGAGAUGGCGAUGAUCCUAGCGGUGUUGGAACUUCUGGUGAAGGAGCCAAUGGCAACGGUUCGGAGUCAGCUGGAGCUAGAGCCAAUGGCAGUGCAGGCAUUGGGGACACCGAUGCUGGGGGUCUCUCUUCAGUUCCUGGAGUUUUGGGCGAUAUUAAUUCUUUGGGUCCUGGCAGCAUGGCAUCUGACCUGCAGUCUGACUUUUUGGCAUUCCCUAACGAUGAGACAAUUGAGCUGGAUUUUGAUAUUAAUAAUUAUUUCCAACCCUGGGGAACUGAUACCGUUGAAACAGGACAUGAAGUGUAA